AUGGAAACUUCUCAGACUACAUCGUCUAUCCCUAGCCUUUUGUGCGAAGAAGAUGAAUCUUGCUUCACUCUGAACAACGAAAGUGAUGAAACCUUGUGCCAAUGUUGUAUUUUUGAGUACGAUGAUGAGUACAUUGAAAUGCUGAUUCACAAGGAAUCUGAUUUACAGUCAAAUACCAAUAAAUCUCUUUGCAAUAGUUCAAUCGACGAGACUGACGAACAGAGUUGGUUGAAACGUGCCCGCUUAGAUGCUGUCCAAUGGAUUCUUGAUACCAGAGCUUUAUUUGGACUUCACUUCCAGACGGUCUAUCUGUCACUGACAUACUUCGACGGGUUCUUUUCUAAGCGAUCCGUUGAGGAUGGGAAAUUAUGGGCUAUUCGGUUGUUGUCCAUUGCAUGUUUAUCUUUGGCUGCGAAGAUGGAGGAGUAUAAAGCGCCGGCAUUAUCUGACUAUCACAUAGAUGAAUGUAAUUUUGAAGGCCGCCUGAUUCAGAAAAUGGAACUGUUGGUUUUGGAUGCUUUGGAGUGGAAAAUGAAUGUACUCACCCCUUUCCUUUAUUUUCGAUACUUCAUAGCCAAGUUUUAUGGUGAGUCAAGACCGAAAGGACUAAUGUCAAGAGCCAUCGAACUCACAUUGGCUAUGCUAAAAGAUAUUAGUUUAGUAAAAUAUCCACCGUCCAUGAUUGCUGCUGUGGCUGUUUUAGCAGCCUGCGAUUCUCAGUUGACAAUGAAGAUGUUGGAGUUCAAGCUGAGCAUAAUCUCAUCAUGGGGUUCUUCACAUAAAGACAAUGUGCUCUUAUGCUACAAUCUAAUGCGGGAAAUUCAGAAGGCUAAGUCCAACACCCCAAAUCUGCAGAGUCCCCUGAGUUUGUCGUUAAAGCAAUCAAGCUCACGUGAUUGUCGAGAAAGUUGUUGCAUAAUUGGCACCAAAAGGAGGCUUGCAUACCCCGACAGUGAUCAACAUCAACCUUCGCAGAGGACUCAUCGAUCUCCAUAG